CACGCUAAUCCUUUUUAAGCUCCCCUUUCAGCUCUCGCUCCCCUCGCCGCUUUUUCUGCCCUCCGAUAACUUCCGCUUCUAAACCCUCACCACCACCGACCAUACGGUGGUGCUUUCCGAUUAUCUACAAAACCCGCCCUAUCCCCCUUUUAUAAUGGCGGCCACUUCUGCCUCAGAAGUGACGGAAGGACCUGUCCUCAGCUUUAUUAACAAACGCCUCCGUGCUCUCCGCAAGAAGUACAACCGUAUCCUCCAGAUGGAAGAGUCCAUCUCUCAAGGCAAGCCUAUCAACAAAGAGCAAGAGGACGUUCUGCGUUCUAAGCCCUCCGUUUCCGCCGCAAUUGAAGAGCUCGAGAAGCUCCGCCAGCCUCUCGCUAAUGCCGUCUCUGAAGAAAUCGCUCUCGCCCUACAACGCCAUCAGCAACAGUCUUCUGUUUCUGAUAAUGCAAUUUCGGAUAAAGAUGAUAGCGAGAAAAGCAAUUACGGGCCCGAUGAAGAAGGCUCUCAAGGGGAAGGUGGUUCCCUGGUGGAGGAUCUGUUGAAUUUGUUGUAUUUUGGGUCGAUGUUCGAUGUGAAGUCGCAAAAUGACUUUACCGCCACCUUGUUGACUCGGACACACGAGAGAGGUUGCUGCUUGACUUACGAUUAUGUGACUGAUGAUGCUACGGAUCUGCUUGGAGAAAGGGAUUUGGACAUGAUUUCCAAGCUUGGCGGGUUACUGAUUUCGCGCCCCGUCGAUUCUAGCUUAUCUCAUAAGAAUGCGUUGCAACGGUGCAUCGAGCAUGCCAAGUUAUGGCUUACCAACUCCGACGAGCCAAUUGAGCCCAGUGCUAACGUUACUUAUGCACAACUGAGGGAGAGGCUGAACAAGAUUAUGGCUUCUGAUUACUUCACGACCACACCAGAGAUGAAAGCUCCAGUGGAAGUGGCUGCAGCUGCUGCUGCUGGAAAUUAUGCGUCCUUCCAGGUUCCUGUUCAUAGAGUUCCUAUCUCUAUGCCAGUCCAAGUGGAAGGCUCUGUUGAGCAGUACGAAGAGAAGGAUGAAGACUCAGCAAAUCUGUUAGGACAUGAAACUAGUGAUAAUCUGUCCAGCCCGGCUGAGGAACUUCAGAAGGAUGAACUGGAGAUUGAAAUUCCAGCGGAAGAGGUCUAUGGUGAACAGGAUCAGGCUAGAUCAUUGGAAGUGGAUCAUAAUCAAAAAGAGGUAGAUCCCAAGGAUCAACAACAUGUUGCUCGAAGGAACUACCAAAACCAACGAGGCGGUCGUGGUGGUGGGAGCCGCAGAGGUUAUUCAAAUGGCCGAGGCGGUCGAAGUAGUGGCAGAGGAGGCGGUGGAUACCAAAAUGGGCGCAGCCAAUAUUACGAACAAUCUGGAAACUAUUAUCCAAGGAAUUACUAUAACAAUCGAGGACGGGGUGGCAGAGGUGGUGGGUACCCUUAUAACAAUCAUGGUUCAGCAGUUCAGGGUGGUCACGGCCAGGCUGAUGUUGGUGUGGCUUCAUGACGUCAUUACUCAUUGGGUGUUUAUAGGGUGCCGUGUUACUAGUUUUCUAGGUGCCAGGUGGGUAAUUAAAAUGGUUUUUAUCUGCUGCUUUGCAUAAGAAACUUCUUAUGAAUGUGGGUUGCUGUCGAACGCACCAACGUAGACACCCUAUUUUUGUAGUUCGUUCAAUGAAGAACUUCUCGUUGAUUUA